AUGAAUAGCAUAGGUUUGACUAUGCUAAUCAAAAGUUGUAUUUGCAUGAGAGAAUCAGUGGAAAUCUCUGGGAGUGGGUUCUCCAAUAUUGAUUUAGUUGAAAAUUCAUCAACGAGAAGAAAAUAUGCCUUAAAACGAAUCACAAACCAUUCUCAAAAUGAUGAGAAAUCAGCUUUGAAAGAGAUUGAAAUUAUUAAAAAGUUAUCGCCGCAUCCGAACAUAACAAAAGUUAUAGAUUUUUCACUAGAAGGAACAGCUGAUGAUCUCGUGAAUUUAACAUCAUCACUGAACAUUGUUUUGCCUUACUACAAGAACGGGUCACUUGACAAUUAUCUCGCAAGAAAAUCAAAACUCAACGAUUUCAUCUCGGAACGUCAAGUGCUGGUCAUUUUUAUUGGAAUCUGUGAAGCUGUCCGAGCGAUACAUGAAUGUGGUUAUGCUCACAGAGAUUUGAAGACUGGAAAUGUGUGUUUAUCAGAAACAAUGGAACCAGUUCUAGUUGACUUUGGUUCAGCGACUGAAGCUAGAGUUGAAAUUUGUGGUCAACAAGAUGCAAUGAAACUUCAAGAUGAAGCUGAAGAGAAAUGCAGUCUUUGUUAUCGUGCUCCAGAAUUAUUUCAAGUUGAGAGUUAUGCAAUAGUCGAUGAACGAACAGAUAUUUGGAGUCUUGGUUGUGUUCUUUAUGCAUUAUGCUUCUUCAAAUCGCCAUUCGAUUCUGUUUAUGAACGUGGUGAUAGCGUUUCGCUUGCUGUUCUCAGUGGAAGAAUUCCGUUCCCAGAAAAUUCACCUUAUUCGCAAGACCUUCACGAGCUCAUAAGUUUUCAGUUAAAAACUAAUCCAAUGGAACGUCCUUUCAUUUAUAGUGUCAUCGAGAAAGCUCAAGAUUUAGUGACGAGGAUGGAGAAUAGAAUUUAA